AUGACAGGAUCGAAAUUAAUGAUGUUGCAAGAUACAAAUGGCUGUCUGUACGGAGGCCCGGAAGAAUUCUCUCAACGCUUUCCUGAAGAAGCAGAAUGGAAACAACUCUCUAGCUCUUUGCCCGCCAACGGGCCUACCGAGUAUUUAUUUUGUCAGCACGAAAACCACGCGCCACUGGGUCGGGUCUCGGCGUUACUUCCACCUCCGGCGUUGCGUGCUGCACGUGCUGGUCGGCGUGCAAGUGAGCCCGGGGUGGCGCGCGCGAGUGAAGCAAAUGCUCGAGACAUCGUGCAUGCGAGACCAGGCGCGUCCGCCGUUGGUAGCGACCACCCCCCCACUGCCCUCUGCCGAGGCAACAGCCGGCACCCGGCAUCAGAGCCGCAGCUCCCUCCCGGGCUCCUGGACAGGGCUCCGCGGCGGUCACCGGUGGCUCCGUUACUGCGAGAUCAAACUGGAUGUCAAGAAAAUGCCAACUUUAAACCGAACUCUUCAAAACCAAAACCUGAAAAUGACCGUCAGGAUUUUUUUCUUCAAGCAGCGAAUGGCAUUGACCUAGGAGACAUGAAGUUGAUGAGUAGCUGGUGGGCAACGGGGAAAGCCAGCAACAAGAUCUACAACAGCAACAGCGGCGUGGCAUACCGAAGUUACGCAACCCGCACGGCGCCUUUGCGUAAGCACCACUUCAUACUCAUCUGGUCAUCUCCUCUGCAGGAUUUACAGAAUACCCGGCAAAACAGUUUACGAUAUGGUAGAGCACUCCCUGGAGAUUUAGGAUAUCAUGUAGUCAUUUAUGUUGUUGCUUUAUUGCCAUAUGAUUUAUCAUAG